AAGCGACCAAUGGAGUGAGAGAAGCGUGCCUGAGCCACGCCCCUUAGUCCUGAAGCUUUGCUAGAAGCGGAAGGUGGACGAAGAUGGCAGCUAUGGGCUUCCGAGUGAUAUUUCUGCUGUGCAUUGCAGUGCUUGUCGGCCUUUCGGCGGCUGCAGAGAAAACGAAGAAGAAGAAGAAAGAUAUUCGUGAUUACAAUGAUGCGGACAUGGCCAGGCUGCUGGAGCAGUGGGAGGAAGAUGACGAUAUUGAGGAGGGGGACAUGCCUGAGCACAAAAGACCUCCGGCCCCAGUGGAUUUCUCAAAGAUUGAUCCAAAUAACCCAGAGAGUGUCUUACAAAUGACCAAGAAAGGCAAAACCCUGAUGAUCUUUGCUACAGUGUCUGGAGACCCAACAGAAAAGGAAACCGAGGAGAUCACCAGUCUGUGGCAGGGCAGCCUGUUUAAUGCCAACUACGAUAUCCAGAGAUUCAUUGUUGGCUCCAACCGUGCGAUUUUCAUGCUCCGUGAUGGAAGUUUCGCUUGGGAGGUUAAGGACUUCCUUGUAAAACAGGAACGCUGUGCUGAUGUGACUGUGGAAGGACAAGUGUACCCUGGCAAAGGAGGAGAUGGUAGUUCAACAUCCACCAAUCAGAGCAAACCACAGAAAAAGAAAAAUGGAGAAAAGAAAAAGGCAAAGUCAUCCACAGAAAGUAACCGAGCUUCCUCACCAAAGGAGGAUUUAUGAUGACCCCUGGAUCACCGCGUUUUGAUUGGACUUCAGGUUUUAUACUUCCCAAGAUUCCCGUCCUGUUAUUGGAGAUAAUUCUAGUCCUUGUUGGGAACACCUUGCUAUCUCUUUCAUUUGUGUAGGGCAUAACUUGGCCAGUAAGCAUCUUGCUUUGCCAAUAAAUACAACAUGUGAUAUUAGACUUUGGUGCAAAUGAGUUGCUAUAGAGAGGCCACUGUGAAUGAGCCCUCCGCUAGAAAGUGUAUAGUCACUGGGCACCUACCAGGCAGUGUUCCCACUAAAACAAGGCACAAAGGGCAGACAAAUGGAUGUUGAAUGAUUUACUGAGUAAAUGAAAAACCUGGUUCCUUAGCCAGCAAGUUAGUUGGCUUUUUCAGAGUAUUAUUUACUUAAUAGAUAUAACUGUCACAUUGUAUGCUAUUUUAACAAUCUAUGUUCAUUAAUGCAGACAAAGAUCCAGUUCUCAUGAAAUCUUGUCUUUAACAAUUCUAUAAAUUAUUUUGCUUAUGAUCUUUCUGGAAAAGGCUGUGCAUGAUGGAGGUUGCAAGCGAAAUAUACAAUUUGUAUUUUGAUGAUGAUGUUGUCCCUUUUGAAACGCUUUUGCCACUGGUACGAAAUUUGGAAGGUAUUAGUGAUCUGUCACGUUGUGUUGCCCGGUUUCCCAUAACUUUUUUCAAUACAGUAUUUUUUACACAGGUAAGCUUAAGUGUAUUCAUUUUUUCUUAAUACAAGGCCUAUUUCAGUUACAACAUGGUUACAGAUAGAUUUGUGUAUGGAAAUAAAAGCUAUCAAUAUUAAUAUAAUAAUAA